AUGACAACAACACCAACUUUAUCUGGAACAGCUGAAGACACUGUAUCAACUCCUAUCCUUAAAGGAGAGGGAGUAUUUGACCCAUUCAAGAAACUCAAUGAAAAGCAGAUGGCAGCUUUCAAAGAGAUCAAGGAGAAUCUAUCAGAUUUAACAGACCCAGAAGAUGUAGCUUGGAUGGAUGACAUGUGUCUUCUUAGAUAUCUUCGUGCUAGAAAUUAUAAUGUUGCAAAAUCAGAAAAGUUAUUAAGAGGUACUUUGGAAUGGAGACAAAAAUAUAGACCACAAGAUGUAAAGUUGACAGAGGUUGCAGAUAUUGCCAAAACUGGUUGUUUGUAUAUUCAUGGAAAGGAUUUAAAGGGAAGACCAAUCUUGAUGGCAAGACCAAGAAGAGACAAUGUCAAGGGUGUUAGCAAUGCCGACAAAUUCAAACAUUUGGUAUAUUGGUUGGAACAUGGUUUCAGACAAAUGGAUAAAUCAAGAGGUGUUGAACAAUUUUGUUUUAUUGUAGAUUAUAAUGAAUUCUCUAGAAAGAAUUUAGAUAUGAAUACAAAUCUAGAAAGUAUGCAUUUAUUAUUAGAUCACUGUCCAGAGAGAAUGGGACAAUCAUUGUUUUUAGAUCCACCAACAUUAUUUUGGUUUGCAUGGAAAGUGAUUUCACCAUUUUUAAAUGAAGUUACAUUGUCCAAAGUAAAGUUUUGUUAUUCUAAAAAGGUAAAUGGAAAGCGUGUCUAUCCAGAUCUUGCCGAUUACAUUUCAAUGGAUCAAAUGGAACAGGAUCUAGGUGGUGAGAAUCCAACCAGUUUUAAUUAUGACGAUUUUAUCAAAGAAUUCCAUUCAGAGACUACUACCACCACCACUACCAGCAGUUUAUCAUCGACCGAGGAAAUAAUACUCAACGGUUCAUCUGAUCAACCAAGCCUUGUAUAUAAUCAAACUUCUACCGCAACCACCACUACAACUACUGAAACCAUUCACAAACAUCCUGGAAAUACUUUAGAAGAACCAAUGACUCAAUUGGCAAUCUAA